UCGUUUCCUGUUUGGUUUUUUUGAGACUUGGUUUGACCUUUUCUCUUUGGCUUCUUCGGACCGUCGCUGCAUCUCCGAUGGCGAUUACUAAAAUUGCUCAAGUCUCGUGGAUUCUUACGUUUGUAUUGUUGUUGCUGACGGUUAAUUACGGCGAAGCUGUAUGGUUGACGAUUCCGGCGACGGGAGGGACAAAGUGUGUCUCAGAGGAGAUACAGAGCAACGUCGUCGUUUUGGCUGAUUACUAUAUUGUCGAUGAGCAUAAUCCUGAACACACUCCUGCUGUUUCUUCUAAGGUAACAUCUCCUUAUGGGAACAAUCUUCAUCAUCAAGAAAAUGUGACACAUGGUCAGUUUGCGUUCACAACUCAAGAAGCUGGUAACUACUUGGCUUGUUUCUGGGUUGAUGCUAGUCUAAAGCUAGCUAAUCCUCUAACCCUUGGGGUUGAUUGGAAGAUGGGUAUUGCUGCCAAAGAUUGGGACUCUGUUGCUAAAAAGGAAAAGAUCGAGGGUGUUGAGCUUCAGUUGAGGAGACUCGAAGGAUUGGUGCAAGCAAUUCGUGAGAACAUAAAUUACAUCAAAGACAGGGAAGCUGAGAUGCGGGAAGUGAGUGAAAAAACCAACUCAAGAGUGGCUUGGUUCAGUAUAAUGUCACUCGGGGUCUGCGUCGUGGUUGCUGGUACACAGAUAUUGUACCUCAAGCGGUAUUUCCACAAGAAGAAGCUCAUCUAAAAACUUGGCUUGAAGGGUACCUACUAUAUAUAUAGUAACAUCACACAUCCCCCACCUUGAAAAGAGGGAUAAAGGAUCAAGCUUGUAGAGUCAAUUGGUUAACGCCUUUUCGUUUACAUUUCAGUGAAACUUUACUCUACUAUCGAUAGUUACUUUAGAGAUCAUUGAGUUUGUGCACAGAUCGCUUUGUGUUUGAUUGAUCUCUGUUGGAUUAGACAAAAAUACAGUAAUGUGACAAUGUACCAAAGUUUUUGUUUUUGUUUUUUUUUGUUUCUGACAUUUUGAGGUCAUCUUAGUAUCUGAAUUCCGAAACACAUCUUAUAGUA